AUGCAAUAUUUUUUAUCCCCUGAAAAAGUUUCACCCAGUGAAGCAGUCAUUCGUCAAUAUGUUAAUUUUUGUUUUCGACUUUUAUUUGCAAUGUUUUUUAGCAGUCAAAUAUUUGAUUUUCUGUUUAGUCCGGUAUGGUUGCACGGAUACUUAUGGUCUUUAAAUCAAAAAAUUGAUAUUGAACUGAAUACCAAAUCAGCGGGAGAAAUUUUCCAACAUCAGUUGUCCAUCUGUGGCUAUUCAGAACGUGUUGUUUACUCAAUUAUAUUAGUUUUUUUCAUAUGGGCUUUAUUACGUAUGUCCGGUUUUAAUAGUGAAUUUCAAACAGUAUGGCAUCUUUUACGCUUAUCACUUAUGAUUGGUGCGCUUACAGCAACAUUACGUUGUAUGCAAAUGAAGCAACGGCUUUUUUCAGCAAUUCAUGAAGGAUUUUAUGCCUAUUUCCUUACUUUUUUAAUUGGUUAUGAUUUAAACAAAUGCAUGCAGUCAGAAUCAUUUUGA